GAAAAGAAAUUGGAAGGAAGCAGACGCUCUUGGGAUUUAGCUAAAGAUCCUGGCGCAGUUCCGUGACACACACACACAGCUCCCAUUGUGUUAGCCGCUGCUUUGCACAUCUCCUAAUUUGGAUUUACCGGGAAACUCAUUUCCUGAGAGUGGAGAGGGAGGCUGGAAGAGUCGGCAGUGACUGACCGGCACCGAGAAGAGAGAGAGAGAGAGCGAUGGCGAGUGGCUGGCGCUGAGGACCAUGCCGGGGGCUGGAAAAGAGCAGCGGCCGCUAGCCCAGCAGCAGCGGCACAUGCUGAAGUGUGUGGUGGUGGGGGACGGCGCGGUGGGGAAGACCUGUCUGCUCAUGAGCUACGCCAACGACGCCUUCCCGGAGGAAUAUGUGCCGACCGUGUUCGACCACUAUGCAGGUGAGAGAGAGAGAGGCCGCAAACAACAUUUUCCUGGAAUCCAUGGGACGGUGGGGGAGGAGGACUACAAUCAACUGAGACCUUUCUCUUAUCCAAACACUGAUGUGUUUUUGAUCUGCUUCUCUGUGGUAAAUCCUGCAUCAUACCACAACGUGCAAGAGGAGUGGGUGCCUGAGCUUAAAGCGUGUAUGCCGCAUGUGCCUUAUGUACUGAUUGGAACUCAGAUUGAUCUAAGAGAUGAUCCCAAAACACUGGCCCGAUUAAUUCAUAUGAAGGAAAAACCCAUCACAUACGAACAAGGUGUGAAGUUGGCUAAAGAGAUUGGAGCACAGUGUUACCUGGAAUGCUCUGCCCUCACACAGAAAGGAUUGAAAGCUGUGUUUGAUGAAGCAAUUUUGACAGUUUUCCAUCCCAAAAAGAGGAAAAGAGGUUGUGCAAAAUGUCGUGUGUGUUGUGCAAUAAUAUGACGGAAUGCACAAGGACAAAGGAAUGUUGCAAGAAAGCAAGUUCUGGUUGACUAAUAAGAAAAGUUGAUUGUAAAAGCAGUAAGCUUUUUAUUUGGAAAAGGAAACAAAAAAUUCUUUCCUGGUUCCUUAAUAUGAAGAAGAGAUGGAGAGCGGGUCCAGUGAGGAAUCAUCUGCAGUAGUGGACUAACUUAAAACUAUCGAACCUCACAAAUGUCAUAUUAGUUUACUGCUAAGUACCGGUCACUUUUCAAUUUGCCAGGCAUACAUCUUCUCUUGAUCCUGGCCGCAAAGCACUGAGCCAUUGUUAAAAAAAAUGUCUGUUCUUAUGGCAGAGAUGUUACUGGGAAGUCUGAGGAGUAAAAAAGCCAAAGGUGUUAGACAGAACACAUUGAAGCACUGCAUCGAAAACCUGUUACUUUUGGCUAAUUUUUUCGUGGCCUUAUGCAGCUAUUUAUAAGCUCAGCUAAUGCAAUUUGAAGACCUCAGUAGUAUUUAUGCUGUACUGCCUUCCUUAAGCUGGACAAGCAUUUAUUGCAACUUACAGUAGACAUCUGAACACUUGUAGCCAUGUAGGGAUUAAUGAAUAACUCAUUUAAGCUAAUAUUUCUGAAGCAUUGUGAUGAUGGCCACAUGACAUCAUUAGCAAGCUGGCAUUACUUUAUAACAUCUGCACUACAUAUCAAAUUGAACACCUAAGAUUUUAAAUGAGAUCAUGAAAUCCUAGCUUUCCUAACUCCAUAACAAGUUAACUGAUUCAUUUCCAUCUCUCAUGACGACAACUUUAAACAUUUGUACCCAAGCAACAUAUAUUUGUUUUUUGUUUGUUUUUCUUAGUGAUGACAAUGACUUGCAUACUCCAUUUUAAGUAUACCUUCCUCUGACUAAAAUUCACGUAGCAUUUUAGGUAAAACCAGGAUUCAUGGUGUUGAGUUUUGUAGAAAGGAGUAAAUCUACUUGCUAAGUAUGUUGGCAGCAUCUUGCAUUGGUGUAUUGAUGCAUGGCGUCACUGGGGAAUGAUUCUUUUACUCUAGUAUGUUAAUACUGAGCAGAGGGUGGGUGCACUUCCAAAGCAGGGAGGAGAAAAUUUGAAAGGGUUUCUAACCGCUCAUUCACGUACAACCUUCUGGAGGCAGAGGCCUGCGAUCACAUCACCAGUUCUCGACUUGGCUGCAGUUAAUAGUGCAAUUAAGUAGAAACGGGGAGGAAAAAUAAAAUGGUCUCAGUAACAAGUAGCUUAAUUACUUUCUGGCAUUGGCAUGCAUUCGAUCAAUUAAUAGUAAAGAAGCGUGCGUCAGGCCUUCCUGUGAUUUUUUUUCACCUGACCUCUCCUGCUACCAACCUAAGCAAACCAAUAGUUGAUGAGGUAAUUUGGUGAAUAGAUUCUCUCAUUACUCCUUCCAUGAUAAAUAUCUAAUGUAUAUUAUUUUUCCAUUCUUUACACCAUGUUUUUGUUUAUUUGUCCUAAAUAUUCAAAAGUAAUGUUCACUUUCUGAAAGUACAGUGUCACAUUUUGGAUGCAAGCUGCCUUGGACCACCUUCAGGUCAAGUAGAACAACUCUUUUUGAUUCAGACUGGUACAAAGGAACACACAAAGCUACGUUGAGGCCAUGAUGUUUACUGAGCUACAUAUCAACGUGACCAGAAAAGUCUAGUAGGAAUAUCUUCAUGCUGUACCUCAGUUUGACUUGAAUUCAAGUGCUACUGUAAAUCCAGAAUAACUCCCUUCAAUUCAUGAAGCGUUUAGCCUAGGAUUUGUUGGAGUUUGUCAGCUUUAUAAUGUGCCCUAUUAAAGUUCUUCCCUCACCCUUCAUCUCAAAUGUUUGUCCUGUAAGCAGUUGGAACUGUAAGCUAAUAAGGGCACAGUGAGGGGGUGAAAAAGGACAUUUGGAGCAUUGAUAAACAAUGAGACCUUGAGUGUAACUCAUUUAAGUAGUGAAAUUGAAGCUUUGAGAAGGAAACUGUGGAACGAUUGAGCAGGAGAGUGAAUUGGAGUCAAAGAAUGUGCAGAAAGUAUAAUAUGGAGAACUAGGUUGGAACUGAAUGAGAGAGAUAGACAAAAGUGAAGGGAGAAUUAGAAUUUAAAUAUCAAUGGUGCUAUUCAUCCUGCAACUUGUGGUGAUUUUGCAAUUCACAGGGUAUUUCCUUCCUUGCCACAAGUUACCAGAUGAUUUACAUAGUUAAUGAAGGUAAGUGCCACUAAAUCACCCAUCAUUUGGUAAAUUCUGGACCAUUAAUAAAUACCAGCUAAAAAAUGGCUGGUAAGUAUAAUUUACAUCCUGACUUAAGUUAUGCAAAUAUAUGUUAGUUAUAUUUAUCACUUGAAAUUAGGGUUGUGCUGACAACAAUUAUUCUGUGUAAAAUGAAUAGCACUCCAAUUUAACUAACUUUUUUGUUGAGUUGAAUCAUUUCAAACUGUUCCAACAACUCCCAAGCUUUCCAGAACAAUACAGGCGCAGUCAGAAGGUGUUAGUCAUCCUGAUUUGAUUUGCCAGUAUAAGAUUUUCCAAAUAUAUUUACCAACAUUAUCAAUUCUGCUAUUAUGUCACUGGGACUUUCAAUCUGUUUCCUUCUAUUUGCAUAGUGUUUACCAGAUAUUUUCUGUGUGUUUGAAAUCAUAACUUUGGCAUUUUGCAGAUCCAUUUUCAUGAAUGCUAACUUAGUGCUACCUUAAUUAGCUGCAUCCUGUUAAGAUUUUUGUUGUUACUUAAAUAAGUACAAGUCAAUAUUUUUGUGUCUCAAAUUUAUCAUUUUGCUUCGCCAAAACCAGAUAUUUGCGCCAGUGGUAACUGAAGUCAAUAAAUAUGCCUGAUAUGAUAAGAUACAUUCCAAUCAGUCAUGUCUGGCUCUUAUUAGUUGUUUUGUUAAUAAGAGCUGGCUUGCAAGAGCCAACAUUUUAUUUGCAUUUCUUGCACAUGCAAGUGGCUACUAUUCACCAGCUGGCAAAAUAAUGUAGGUCAAAAUGUUUUCAGGUACUUUGUGUUCAGGAGUUUUCUCAGUCAUCACAAGUGAUGUGAACUUGGGAUCACCACAGAGUACAUUGCCCUUUUUUGAUUGCUUAGUUACCUAUUCAUGAAAAGGCUCCUGGAAUUAAUGCGUUCAAAGUUUUUGUUUAGCGUUUUCAGUACUUAUUACAUGCAGUUAAAAUAUGAAUAUAACUAACAUGAUCAGGAAGCCAAGUCUGAGAGAAAACGUGGGCUAUGGUAUCUCAAACUCAGAUUUUGGAGGCUCAAAAAUGAAGAAAAUCUAAUGGAAUAUCUACCAUCACAUGAUUUCACAGACCAUGAAAGUUUGAGAGAAGAGGGUGGAAUUAGUGUAUAGUUUAAAUGAGAGACACAUUACCUCAUUUGUUACUAGAUAUGGUAUCCAUAAAACAUCACAUGGAAACGUUAUCAGUAUGCGAAAUAAUCUGAAUGUAGAUAGUUACACGUCUAAAUACAGACAAAUUCUGUAUGAACUGUGAGCUCUGAUUUUCUAGGCUGAACGAUUCAUUAAGUUUGAGCAUUCAGAAAUGUUGUUAAAUGGUAGUGUUCUAACUGUUCCUAUUGGAAUCCAUAGUUAACAUGAAAUUUUUUAGUAGGCUGCGUUGAUAUAUUUCGGUGAUCUGCUAAACUUAUGGGCAAACAAACAGGAAACUCCUUUGUUUUCAAUUAAAACUAGCUAAGAUAUAACUUAAUGUAAUAGGGGUUCUGAUCUAAUCAACUGAUUAUAUUUUUACAGAUCUAAUUAAUUGACCAUUUGCUACUAUUUUAUUUGUCUCUGUUCAGCAAUCUUUGUUUCUUAAGAGUCAAUCCAGCUUGUACUAUUUUAAUUACUGUAUUCUUACUGAUAUCCUGAACAUUGCAGCUUGGAGUAGGAAUCCAACUUUUGUUUCAUGCAUGGAAGGACUAUACUUACUUGCAAGUUCCAAGGUAUAUUUUCUGACAACUGACAAAAGGGGGAUUACAAUCUUGAACUUGCAUUCUUUUUAUUGAAUGAAGCACAAUACGUAUGUAUUCACCUCCUCGUUUAUUGCAAUCAACAGACAAGUCUGUCAACAUCUGUUGGAGUGAGGCAAUCCAUACUUGGAGCUUUAUGAAGUUCUUGUAUCAGUAAUCAUUAACAACUAUAUUCAAUUAAACUUUGUAAGGCACUUUAACAUAUUGACUUAAUAUACGUUGACAGAAUAGGCAAUAUAAUUUAUUUCUCCUGAAACAUUGGACAGUUCACCUUAAAUGAUCGAUUGGGCUUUUACUUUGAUGGGCCUACGUACCAGGUGGGGGAGAAAAAGCUAAGCACAAAAUAAACUAGGCAUCUUCUUUUUUUGACAUUAGUAGAUACAAAGCCAUGAAUAAUAUCUUUUAAAUUACUAUGGAUGAUAAUUUAGAAAUCAGUUUAAAAAGGAAUAACUCUUCAUUCAAUUGAAUGAUGUUUUGGUCUUAAAUACUGUCUUUACAUGCUUUAUCUUGCAUGUGUAGCCAUUAGUAAUCAUUUGUUUUAAAUAUAUUCAGUUGAUGCUGUCAAAAAAGAAUUCCCUUGGGAUGCUGUUCAAGUGCAUCAGGAGAUUGAGUGAGACAUCAGUGUAAAUAUGCUUGGAAGCAUGCUGUAUAGUUUAUUUUCCAAUGUGUUCUGCAUCUUUGCAGUUCAUUAGGUUGAUUUUCCUUUUAACUAAAAAGAUAAAUCUCUUAUUCAAAAACUUGGGGUGAGUACUGAAAAUUGGGCUUGGAAAUUAGAUUUUGCAAUUUGAACUUGAUUUUCAUGGAAGGAAACAAGCAAUCAUCUCUUUAAGAAAUCCAGUCAACAAAACUUGUUAACAUUGUGUAUGAUUACUUCCACUUGAUUGCAAUAGGGUAAAUAGUCCUUAAAGCUUGAAAUACAAGUUCAGCCUCUGAAGGGUUUUAAGCGAAGGGGAUUUUGGUAAAUUCCAGUACUAGUUUAAAAUGGAUGAGACCGAUGUUGUAUCUUUGAAAGUGAAUGGGCUUUAGCAGUUUCAUUUCGCAACUGGGAAGAUUUUAUCAGGAUGUGGCAUUGUGCUCAGCUUCUUCAUUGACCUAAAGUGUUUUCUUCUAUCCCUGAAAAAUUACACCCCCCACCACUGUCUCCAAUUUUUUGCUACCAGUAAUCCUCCUCUUGCUGCCUGUGCCGUGUCUACCCUCCACAGGUAAUAACUCAUUCAAAAUGACACCACUUGUGUCCUGCUUGUACCCCUAAAUCCUGUAAUUCUGGCAAAAUUAUCGUCCUCAAGUUUUUAUUUUUACUAUGUUCUUCCUGGUUUUCAAACGUGUGUGUGUGUGUGUCUGUCUGUCUGUCUGUCUGUGUGUCUGUCUGUAUGUGUUAUUCUUCCCCUCCUUAUACCUGCGAAUGCAACCUUUGAUGCUCGUAAACUGAAAUUCUAACCCCUUCCUAACCAUCGUGGACAAAUCUCUGUAAAAUUGCUAUGCUCCUGCCCUUUCAAAAUCUGAACUCUGCAUCCUGUUUUGUGAAAGCACCUCACCUCCUCUCAAAAACUGCCUCCAUCUUCCAUUCUGAAGAAAUGUGUUUGAUUCUGUAAAGGAGAAAGUCCAUUCCAUUUCCCUUCCUCUUUCUCAUGCUGUGUACUGUACUAUUACUUUGCGUAGUGCCCAGAAAUUUUUUUCCUGUGCUUGAGAAACACUUUUCAAAAAGAAGUCAUGAUGUGAUAAAACGUUUUUAUGAAAUGAGCAUAGCACCAUGUUUGGAUCUAAAGCACAAUUUCAUAACUUGUGGUUUAAAUGAUAGUUUUGUUGGACAAGAAGCAAUUAGCUGUUUAUUUGUAAUGGAAAAGACCAGUUAAGACAAUAAGGAUGAAACAAGCUGACAUUUAUAUUUCUUCACUGUGCGAGCUUAGAACAGGAUGAAAAAGUAAACAAAUUCUCUAACCUGCUAAAUGUACUCCAGUGUCUUCAGAAUUGCUGACAGUAGGCUUUCAACCUGAUCUCCAGUGGAAAACGAUUCAACAAAAAAAAAUACAAAAUGUUCAAUUUAAUUGCAUGUAGCUUUUAAGGAUGGGGAUUUGGGUGAUUUCAUCCAGUACAAAAAACAUGUUCCUGUGAUCCAGGACUUUUUCAUGGCCAAGGCAACAUUGUGAUAAAUGUGCUCGUAUAUGAGCUUCUCUGGGUGGCUAGUAUCUUUUUUUCUCUGGACUCAACAGCAAUAAACACUGCACAUUGAGUCAACAUAUUACUGUGCUAUAUAAUUACAAUAUAUUGCAGCCAUUCAUCAAUAAAUGACAACUAGACAAACGUUAUUUCCUUCAAUCAAGUUGACCAAUCAGCAGAAUUCCAUGUUAAUCUGCCUGGCACUUUCCAGAUUACCAUUUUUUAAAAAACAAUGCAAUACUUAAAACCAAAUUGAAAUAGGAAGUAUUCUAUAAAAAGAAAUUAUUUCUCAGCCCUUUUGAAUAAAUUUGUGAAAUAGGUGGAUGGUACACAACAAAGUUCUAAUCUUAAAAGCUGUGACACUGACUACACAUUAAAAGUGAUUCACCAGUUGUAAGGUACUCAGGGAUGUACCUAGAUCAUUAAAGGCACUAUAUGAAUGCAAUUUUUGUAUUUGAAAAUGUAAAAAUCUCCAAUCCAGACAUUACUACACAUCCAGCCAGUCUAACUGCACAACAGAUUAGAAAUUGGACAUCUCAACAAUUACAAAUCCACAAUCUAAUUGCUUUGCUCUGGAAAUAUUCUCAAUGGAAACCCUGCCUGCUUUUCACUUAGAGACUUCCUGAAUUAAUUAGCUUUCAAAUUUUAAGCUUGUUUUUAAAAUUGCAAUUAGAGACUGGCAGGCAGGCAGGUAAACAAGUAUUCUGAUGAUAGAUGAGAGCUAGUUGGAAGAAAAGGUUUAUCUGUCUCACUGGCCUUGAUGGAUGGUUGCAGUGGAGAGUGCAAUGGAAAAAUGAGUGAAAAUGGUGUUAGUGCCAUUUAGUUAGUAACAGAUCAUUCAUUCAGUAGCUGUAAUUUGCAAUGGAGAAUGUAUGAAGGAAUUUACAGAGCACUGCUUUGAACUUCAAUUUCUCAAGGAUAUUUAGAUGCCACUUAAAAUAGUCUCUCAGCAUGAUCUAAUACCACAUCAAAAUGAUAUUAAUAGAAAUUACAUCCAUAUAGCUGUGGUGAUUAUACAGUCUGUGGAUAUUUUUUCAAUGAUUCAACUAACUCGUUUGCUUAUUUAAGGAACUGGAAUCUUUCUUAAAACAAGAGUGUUGGGCUGACCGCUCUUUAUUCUUCCAAUACUUAUACAGUUACUGGCUGUGGCAUUUUCCUGACCAGUUUCUCAGCUUAAGUGUUUGUGGUCUUCCAGUCACCAGUUUAAUUGUUGGUCAGGAAAUACUAUACUUUUAAUACAUACAGAAGUUUCGUGAACAUAGUGGUAUUUUAUAUCACUCCACACUGCAAUUACCCUUUUUAUGAGCUCAAAGAACAGCAAUCUACUGCAGGUAAGAUGUCUAUAGGAUUAUCAAACACCAUAACUUCACUCAGGAUAAAUAAUAAAAGUAUGCACGGUAUAGUAAUUUAUCUAAAAUUCAUUGUAUAAGCUGAAUGCUGUGUUGCAAAGCACAAGUGUUUUGGGGAUGCAAACUUUAGAAUUAAAAAAAAAUCUUAUGCCAGUUAUUACAAUUGUCCAUAUGUCAUUGCUUGAUUUGUCACCAGCUCCAACUUAAAAUUUUGACUUUAUUUUAAGUUUGAGGGCUGUCUGUCUAUCUAUCUACCUAUCAGUCAUAUCAUCUAGUUAGCAAAUCCCCACCACUCUUAAGCAGGUGUGAUUGGCACUAAUUGCAUUUUGAAAUUAUUUGUGUCUAUUGUUGAUUUCCCUUCAACGCACAUUAACAAUUCUGUCUUAAUUUAAAACAAAAAUCUGAAGCAUCAAAAUGCAAGAACCGAAACAAAAGUAGUUCUUUGUGGUUUUCAUUUAAAAGGAUCUUAAUGAAAUGUCCUUAAAGAACCAGACUGAACAAAUCAAUGAUGUUGCAUGCGUAAUCAUUGACAUUUUUGACUCGAUAAAAUAUAUCAAUUAAUAAUUAAUGUUGGGUCACAAAAGUUCUUAACAAUACUUUUGUGGAUUUACUGUUGGCUUAUACAGUACAUAAUGUUUUGACUCAUUUGUUUCAAUUUACUUUACAGAAGACUACUGCCCCGAAUAGCAAAUCAGAGUAUUAGCUAUGUUUUUUAAAUGCCUUUCUAUAAUAUGUACUUUGGGUAUAGUAAGUUCUGCAAUCAUAAGGAUCAGCUUGACAUCAGUGCUUAUGGGAUUGAUACCAUGGUUUUGCUUUUCAGAUAAGAAGUUAAAUUGCAGAAAAAACUGGCCAACAUAUCUCUACAAGUAUUAACGAUAGAUAAGUACCAGUUGGUGCAUUUGAGAAUAUUUUUCAUCCAGCUUUUCAAAGAAGAUUCCCCACAUCAUCCAUUCAUACUUCCCAGCAAAUUUCAAUGCAUUAUCAGUAAAUAAUAAUUAUUAUUUUUCUCCCAGAAAAUGGUUUGGUGAAAGUAUGUAUGAAAGAUUCUAAACACAUGAUAAAAUAUGUAAUCAAGGCAAGCACACUUUAAAACAUAAUCAGGUGACUAUUUCACAAUGUCAAUUAGUAAACUGUAGUUGUAAGAUCAUAUUGUUAUAUCAAUUGUCUCCUUUGUUAAAAAAUUCAAUUAUUAAUAAGCAUUAAUUUACGUCAUUAAACUUAAAAUGGGAACGUACCACUAAUCUGAUCAAAUCUUUGUAUGUUGCAAAGAUCUAAAUCAUGUGACAUUAUGUCUAGAUACAAUUCUUGCUCAACUCAGAAGAUGAUGCACUUGAAAUAAGAAUCAUGUAAUUAAUACUUUUUUUUCCACUUGGCACAAACUGGUAACCAUGAAAUCUCUAUAAAAGUGUUGGAAAGUAAUUACAAUUUUACUGGGUAGAAUUCUGUGCUCGGAGUCUCUCUCUCUCUAAGUUGACUAAUAUGUUUGCUUACGGUAUCCAAGUACAAUAUCUUUUUAGUGCCUUAAUAUUGUUUCUAUGUAUUAAGUAAAUACAGGUAUUAAUGUUUCAGAAGAAGCAAUAAUUUAAACCCAAUAGAAAUGCAAAUUCCACAUAAUUUAACCUUGUUAAAAUAUGAAAGGAAACUUGUAAUUAGCAUUUGUAUGUGUAAUUCCAUAUUUGCUUUUGAUUUCUAUGCAACAGAUUUAAGUAAUCACUUAUGACAAUUGCUUUGUACUCUUAAUUUUUGUAUAAUUCUGUUUAUUGUGCAUAGUUUUUGAUGAAAGUAAAAGUUUAUUGGACGUUGUCGUCUA